AUUUGGCUUUAAUAAAUGAGCAGAGGGAAGAUUCGGUGUCCGUGAUUAUGAUUUACGCAGCGAUUCGGAUAGCAAAAGCAAUCCCCCAAUUUUGAUUGUGUCGAAGAAAGGACAGGUCCUAGAACCCUAGCCCCCUUUCUUCUCCUCUGCGUUAAGCCCACGCAACGCCAUGGUGUUCUACUUCAAAGCGCGCCCUGAAGCCGGCGAUUACACCAUCUUCAUGGGCCUCGACAAGUUCGAGAACGAGGAACUCAUCAAAUACGGUUUUCCCGAAGACAUCUGGUUCCAUGUUGAUAAAAUGUCCUCAGCCCAUGUCUAUGUCAGGCUGCACAGGGGCCAGACUAUUGAUGGCAUGAGUGAGGGUUUACUGGAAGAUUGUGCUCAGCUUGUCAAAGCAAAUUCAAUUCAAGGAAAUAAAGUGAACAAUAUUGAUGUUGUUUACACUCCCUGGUCUAACUUAAAGAAAACAGCUUCAAUGGACGUUGGUCAAGUUGGUUUUCACAACCCAAAAAUGGUUCGAACUGUGAGAGUUGAGAAGCGGAUAAAUGAGAUUGUUAACAGGCUAAACAAGACAAAAGUGGAAAGGAAACCUGAUUUGAAAGCUGAGCGAGAAGCAGUUAAUGCAGCUGAAAGAGCCGAGAGAAAACAACAACUGAGAGAAAAGAAACGCCGUGAGGAAAUGGAAAGACUUGAAAAGGAAAGACAAGCGGAACUUAGGAGCUACAAGGGUUUGAUGGUCGCAGAAAACAUGACAUCCAACAAAGAUAUUGCAUCAGGAAGCAAAUCCUUGCAGGAACUGGAGGAAGAUUUCAUGUAAUCAUUUGAUCAUUGGGUUAUAGGCAGAUGACUGGUGGCCAACUUGCUACCUGGAAGAUUUAUAUCGAUUAAAUAACCCUACUACUGGAAUUUGAAGCUGCAUUAUCUUGGUUGAGGAAACCAAGUAGUGUGUACACAAUUAUGAUUGAGGGAUGGGGGGAAAAGAGGGGGGUGGGGGGGAGAUGUAGUGAUUGGACCGUGUUCCUGGUAAGGCCAAUGUACCUUAUCGAUGACAUUGUUUGAGACUUUUUUUCCAUUUUAAUGUUCUCAGUCGAGUCAAAAACUGAAAUGACUUGGUAUAUCUGUCAUGGUAGGUUACGCUUGUCCUGUUUUGAAUGAAUUUUGUUGCACUUUUUUGUUUGAUGUUCACUGGUUGAGAAAUUAUUGGGGACAUCAUGUAGUGUUUAUGGUACUGGCAGACUGAUAAGACUCUUGGGCCCAAAAUCAGAUAAGAGCAGCAAAUGGAUAAAGUGCUGGACUUGAGUCCAAAAAGGCCCAUAAUAUGGAGGGUAUACUCCCGAAGGAAGAAAAUAGGGUCAGGGGAGAGUUACUGACCCACAGGGUGAGAUUCUGUUAAGCAGCAGGGUUUUAGAAGCAGCUGGGAAGGAAGAGAAUAUUUAGUUUUUGGACAUUUCUUAUUGUGAUGGUUAGGGGAGUAUCUCUGUAGAGUCCUAGGCUCUGGUUUACGCAUUCCUUUGUUGUGAGAACUCUAGUAGCUCCUUUUACAAUGAAUAAUACUACCUGAUUGGAACUA